AUAUGAAAUCCAGGAAGGCCUGGAGAGACUGAGAGAGGUGAAGCCAGCAGGGGAAACCUACAUGCAUGAAGGGAUUAAAGCGGUACAGUAUGGGAUAAUCCCCAAUAGAUGCUUUAUAGAUGUUACACUGACUAUCCACUAACCCUUACCCUAAAUCUACUCUAAACCUAACCCUAAACCUAACCCUAACCCUAACCUUUAACCUAACCCGUAACCUAACCCUUAACCUAACCCUUAACCUAACCCUUAUUCUAACCCUAAACCUAACCCUAAACCUAACCCUAAACCUAACCCUAAACCUAACCCUUAUUCUAACCCUAAACCUAACCCUAAAUCUACUCUAAACCUAACCCUAAACCUAACCCUAAACAUAACCCUAACCCUAACCCUAACCUUUAACCUAACCCGUAAUCUAACCCUUAACCUAACCCUUAACCUAACCCGUAACCUAACCCUUAACCUAACCCUAAACCUAACCCUAAACCUACUCUUAACCUAAUCCUAAACCAAAACCUAAUCCUUAACCUAACCCUAAACCUAAACCUAAACCUAAACCUAACCCUAAACCUAACCCUAAACCUAACCCUAAACCUAGUCAAAACCACUCUUCUAAUGACAUGACCACACCUCACUAGAGAAGGCUUCAGUACUGUAGAGAAUAUCCCCCAUGUUAUGAUCAUAACAUUAAGAUACUGUGCUAGCCUUGUCAUUCUGCCAUUGGCCAUGUCUUUACUAGUCUGCUAGGCUUUGGUGUGUUUGAUCAGUUUGGCACUAAACACUGUUUUAGAUAGGGAGCAAUUCAGAUGCCUUCCAUGUUGGAAAUACUCCAAGUGACCUAAAUAAUAACUUCUAACUCGUAGUCUGGGUUCCAAUUGGCACCAUAUUCCCUAUAUAGUGCACUACUUUUGACCAGAGUGAAAGGGGAUACCUAGUCAGCUGCACAACUGAAUGCAUUCUCCAUUUAACCCAACACCUCUGAAUCAGAGAGGUGCGCGGGGCUGCCUUAAGCGCCCCGGGGGAGGAGCAGUUGUUGUUGGGGGUUAACAGCCUUGCUCAAGGGCAGAACGGCAGAUUUCUUCCACCAUGCCGGCUGGAGGAUUCAAAUCAGCGACCUUUCGGUUGCUGGCCCAACACUCUUAACCGCUACGCUACCUGCCGCCCUAUAAGGUGCAGUGUGAAGGGAAGAAGUACGCAGUCAUAUUAAACGCUUCGGUCUGAAUUUCUCUUCUACAGAAAUACUGUAUUCCAUUUCAAAUAUAGUCAAUUGAUUCAGGAAAUGAACUUUAAAUCCAAGUCCAAUUUUCCUUAUUUGAAAGCAUGGAGGAAAAUUGAAAUCGGCGUUGGAAUUUCUGUUUACUUCCUGGCUAAAUUGACUGAAUUUAAAAUAAAUUGACCCCAACCCUGUACAGUUUGUUCUUAUUCAUUCAUAAUCACAUAUGUCUGUUUAUUCCUCCAUUUCCACCGCUUGUGGUUGAACCAAAAGGCAAACGAUCAAAUCAAAGCCCAAACCAUCAAGUCCUCCAGCAUCAUCGUAGCUCUGACGGACGGAAAGCUAGAUGUCUACAUAUACGACUUAACAGUUCAAGCGGUGAGCUUGAUUUUAUUCAAAAACGAUGUUUACAUUUUCAUGUUUAUUAGUUCAAGGUUCUUUUUUCCAGACACCGAUUAAGCAUGGCGUUGGACUAAAAAGCAUGCUCAAUGGAGAAUCUUUCAUUUAAAUGCUUUGUCAUCCAUGACUAGUCCAACGCCAUGCUGGAUUCAAGAAACCGUCCCUUAGUAUCCAGAGUGUUACUUAUUGUUGUAAAGUUAAAGUUACAGUGGGGAAAAAAAGUAUUUAGUCAGCCACCAAUUGUGCAAGUUCUCCCACUUAAAAAGAUGAGAGAGGCCUGUAAUUUUCAUCAUAGGUACAAGUCAACUAGGACAGACAAAAUGAGGAAAGAAAAUCCAGAAAAUCACAUUGUAGGAUUUUUUAUGAAUUUAUUUGCAAAUUAUGGUGGAAAAUAAGUAUUUGGUCAAUAACAAAAGUUUCUCAAUACUUUGUUAUAUACCCUUUGUUGGCAAUGACACAGGUCAAACGUUUUCUGUAAGUCUUCACAAGGUUGUCACACACUGUUGCUGGUAUUUUGGCCCAUUCCUCCAUGCAGAUCUCCUCUAGAGCAGUGAUGUUUUGGGGCUGUCGCUGGGCAACACAGACUUUCAACUCCCUCCAAAGAUUUUCUAUGGGGUUGAGAUCUGGAGACUGGCUAGGCCACUCCAGGACCUUGAAAUGCUUCGUACGAAGCCACUCCUUCGUUGCCCGGGCGGUGUGUUUGGGAUCAUUGUCAUGCUGAAAGACCCAGCCACGUUUCAUCUUCAAUACCCUUGCUGACGGAAGGAGGUUUUCACUCAAAAUCUCACGAUACAUGGCCCCAUUCAUUCUUUCCUUUACACGGAUCAGUCGUCCUGGUCCCUUUGCAGAAAAACAGCCCCAAAGCUUGAUGUUUCCACCCCCAUGCUUCACAGUAGGUAUGGUGUUCUUUGGAUGCAACUCAGCAUUCUUUGUCCUCCAAACACGACGAGUUGAGUUUUUACCAAAAAGUUAUAUUUUGGUUUCAUAUGACAUUCUCCCAAUCCUCUUCUGGAUCAUCCAAAUGCACUCUAGCAAACUUCAGACGGGCCUGGACAUGUACUGGCUUAAGCAGGGGGACACGUCUGCCACUGCAGGAUUUGAGUCCCUGGCGGCGUAGUGUGUUACUGAUGGUAGGCUUUGUUACUUUGGUCCCAGCUCUCUGCAGGUCAUUCACUAGGUCCCCCCGUGUGGUUCUGGGAUUUUUGCUCACCGUUCUUGUGAUCAUUUUGACCCCACGGGGUGAGAUCUUGCGUGGAGCCCCAGAUCGAGGGAGAUUAUCAGUGGUCUUGUAUGUCUUCCAUUUCCUAAUAAUUGCUCCCACAGUUGAUUUCUUCAAACCAAGCUGCUUACCUAUUGCAGAUUCAGUCUUCCCAGCCUGGUGCAGGUCUACAAUUUUGUUUCUGGUGUCCUUUGACAGCUCUUUGGUCUUCGCCAUAGUUGAGUUUGGAGUGUGACUGUUUGAGGUUGUGAACAGGUGUCUUUUAUACUGAUAACAAGUUCAAACAGGUGCCAUUAAUACAGGUAACAAGUGGAGGACAGAGGAGCCUCUUAAAGAAGAAGUUACAGGUCUGUGAGAGCCAGAAAUCUUGCUUGUUUGUAGGUGACCAAAUACUUAUUUUCCACCAUAAUUUGCAAAUAAAUUCAUAAAAAAUCCUACAAUUUGAUUUUCUGGAUUUCUUUUUCUCAAUUUGUCUGUCAUAGUUGACGUGUACGUAUGAUGAAAAUUACAGGCCUCUCUCAUCUUUUUAAGUGGGAGAACUUGCACAAUUGGUGGCUGACUAAAUACUUUUUUUCCCCACUGUAUUUGUGUUGUUCUCUAAUGCAGGCAAACAAAUCGAGGGACUACGGUGCUCGAGUGUACUGUGUUGGUAUCAAGGACUUUGACGAACAACAGCUAGCCGAGGUAGCUGACACCAAAUAUCAAGUGUUCCCAGUCAAAGACGGCUUCCAUGCACUCAAAGGCAUCGUAAAU